AUGGAUUCCAGCGCCCAUAAAUUUUAUCCUGUACACGGCAUUGAUGCUAGAGAACAUCUGGAAACAUAUUUAUCUAGAAAAUCAGACAUGGUCUUUAGAGACGAUUCAAUUAAAUUUCCAAUGGAAUGUUUACACCGUGCAUUCAGUGAGGGUCACAUUAAGGGAGACCUUUUGAUUGACAUCAGUCCUGGAUCCUUCAUCCAUCAUCUCUAUACAGCCAGUGGAUAUUUCAAACACAUCCUUGUGCUGAAGUGCUCUGAGCAAUGUAUUAUGGAGGUGAACAAAUGGAUUAACACACGUACCGGAGCAUUUGAUUGGUCUCACGUAAUGGAAUAUAUUAAAUGCCUAGAAGGAAACAGUGACCAGUGUCAGGACAAAGACAUGACAUUGAAGACGGCAAUAACAAAGAUCAUGAAAUGUGACAUUGACAAUGAGAAUCUCACUGACCCGGAGGUGCUCCCACCAGCAGACUGUGUCAUCAGUGCAGGGAUGUUGGAUUUCAUCAGCAAAAACCAAGAUGAUUAUAUAAAUAAUUUCAGAAAAUUUGUGAAGCUACUAAAACCUGAAGGAUACCUGAUAUUGAUAGGAGCUUUAAAUGCAACUUAUAUAAUGAUUGGGCAGGACAAGGUGUAUUUGUUCAAAUAUGAUGAGAAAUUUGCAAGAAAAGUUCUCAGUGAUGAAGGGUUUGUUAUUGACCACUUUGCAGUCCAUAAAAAAACAGCAGAUAGUGAUCUUACUGACUAUGAGGCAUUUAUAUUCAUUACAGCUCAUAGAGAUGACCAGUGUAAGGACAAAGACAUGACAUUGAAGACGGCAAUAACAAAGAUUAUGAAAUGUGACACUGACAAUGAGAAUCUCACAGACCCGGAGGUGCUCCCACCAGCAGACUGUGUCAUCAGUGCAGGUUUCUUGGAUUGCAUCAGUAAAGACCAAGAUGAUUAUAUAAAUAAUUUCAUAAAAUUUGUGAAGCUACUAAAACCUGAAGGAUACCUGAUAUUGAUGGGGUCUUUAAAUACAACUUAUAUGAUGAUUGGGCAGGACAAGGUACAUGUGUUCAGAUAUGAUGAGAAAUUUGCAAGAAAAGUUCUCACUGAUGAAGGCCCACUUUGGAAAACUGUUAAUGCCUAUUUAAUGGACAUUAAACUCACCGCCCUUAAUGAGGAACAAUUGGCAUCCUUGAAUGUUUCUUGGUCUCCUUCAGAGGUGGCACAGGUGAUUAAGGUGCUUCCUCGUGGCAAAGCUCCAGGUCCUGAUGGCUUCCUUAACGAGUUUUAUAUCUUCUUUAAUGACCACCUUUCCUUUACCCUAUCUUUAGUAUUUAAUGAGGUGUCUACUCUUGGGGAUUUCCUGAAAGAAAUACUGGAAGUCUAG